AAAGUGGAGUUGUCCCUUUGAGGACCUUGGUCUUUUGGCUUAUUAGAAAAGGAAUACCCUGCUGCACUUCUCUAUUUCUCUCCUUUUCAUCCCCCUUGAACCAAAGUGAUUUGUCUUGUCAGCACAAGUGCAUAUUACCCUCCUUCCUCCCUCUCUCCUCUCUCCCCUUUUGAUGUCAAUUUUCCAAAAGACCAUACCGUUGAUUGGGAACUUUCCUGCAAUAAGCUUCUACAGAUCAGAUGGCAGGAUUGAAGAAAAUAAAAAAUAAAAAAGAAAUACUGGAGCAAUUCAUUAUUUGCACUUCUUUUGAUGGACUUUUUAUAUUUUCUUUUCUUUGUUUUGUUUUUCUUUUGCUAUUGAAAGCUUCAUCAUUAGUUUUGGAGUAUUUCUGCCAGAAAAAGAACAGGUUUGAGAAUUGUUUCAUUAUUCUUACUUUUUAAAGUCACCGGUUGAUUGCAGUUAAAUAUCCAUGAUGUUGUCCACAAUUUCUUGACUACCUAUCAUUGACUUCCUUUACUCGUUGUUUAGCUGAUCUAUGGAGGGGUCAUACAGUAUCAAGAAUAAAUUUUUUUAACUUUUUUCUCGAAAUUGGCAGCUGUAGUGUAGAUAAGUUACAUUCUAUUUCAUCUUUUCAUGCACUGGUCUUGGUAGUGGACCAGCAUGUGGACAGAAAGGGUCGUUCCUAGACUCCAUAAUUCAUGAAGACCUGUGCAAUAUGCCUGACCAACAUGAAACCAGGCCAGGGUCAUGCCAUUUUCACUGCAGAAUGCUCCCAUUCUUUUCACUUCCACUGUAUUACCUCUAAUGUGAAACAUGGGAACCAAAUUUGCCCAAUCUGUCGUGCGAAAUGGAAAGAAAUUCCAUUUCAAACCCCUGCAUAUGAUCUUUCCCAUGGAAGGUCCCGAAUCAACCCAGUAAGUAGGCCCCAAGAUGAUGGCUGGAUGACUGUUCGGCGGCGACUCCUUCCCCCUCGGUUAGGCACAAAUGGGGAGACUUCUACAAUAUUUCAAACCCCUGAGCCAGGUGCCUUUGAUGAUGAUGAAGUUUUGGAUCACCAAACUGAGGUUACCGAGAAACGUACAUCUGCUAAUGAAGCUGCUGAUAACAAUGCUAUUGGAAUAAUAGACAUUAAAACUUAUCCAGAAGUUUCUGCUGUUCCUAGAUCAGCCUCUCACAAUGAUUUCACUGUACUAAUACAUCUCAAGGCUCCUGUUACAAGUGAAAGGCAGGAUCGAAAUGGAAACCAGACUGAAUUGCCGCCAGUAUGUCGAAAUUCUCGUGCUCCAGUUGACCUUGUCACAGUGCUUGAUGUUAGUGGCAGCAUGGCAGGUACCAAGCUGGCCUUGCUAAAAAGAGCCAUGGGCUUUGUAAUAGAGAACCUUGGGCCCUCUGACCGGCUUUCCAUCAUUGCCUUCUCGUCUACAGCCUGUCGCCUCUUUCCUCUCCGUCAAAUGACUGAUAGAGGACGGCGGCAGGCUUUACAUGAUGUCAAUGCUCUGAUUUCAAAUGGUGGGACAAACAUUGCUGAGGGCCUAAGAAAAGGUGCCAAGGUGUUGGUAGACCGCAAGUGGAAGAACCCAGUUGGCAGCAUCAUACUGUUAUCUGAUGGGCAGGAUACAUAUACUAAUGGGGCCCGUGCUCAAACGGACUACCAAUCACUUUUACCCCUCUCAAUCUGUCAUAAUAAUGGUGAAGGCUUGCAAAUUCCAGUGCAUGCAUUUGGAUUUGGCACAGACCAUGAUGCUGCAUCAAUGCACUCGAUCUCUGAGAUUUCAGGGGGGACAUUUUCUUUCAUAGAAGCUGAAGGUGUGAUUCAGGAUGCAUUUGCACAAUGCAUUGGAGGCCUCCUAAGCGUCGUAGUACAAGAGCUACAAAUCGGAGUUGAGUGUGUUCACCCGAGUUUGCAACUCAGUUCAAUAAAGGCAGGAGGUUACCAAACCAGCAUGGUGGCAGAUGGAAGAAUGGGCUUUAUCGAUGUCGGGGUCUUGUAUGCUGAAGAGGAAAGGAAUUUUUUGGUGGCAGUCAAUAUUCCAGUUUGUUCCUCUGAUGAGAUGUCAUUGUUAAAUGUUAGAUGCAUUUACAGAGACCCUAUUACAAAGGAAAUGGUAAGUUUGGAAGAAACGAAUGAAGUAAAGAUCCAGAGACCCGAAAUCACUAGCGAACUGGUCAUUUCCAUGAAAGUGGACAGGGAGCGGAAUAGGCUUCGUGCAGCAGAGGCAAUGGCUGAGGCUAGAGUUGCAGCUGAAAAUGGUGAUCUAGCUGGUGCAGUCUCUGUCCUAGAGAGCUGUCAUAGGGUAUUGUCUGAAACUGCCUCUGCACAAGCUAGUGACCGGUUAACCAUCUCACUUUGUGCUGAGUUGAAAGAGAUUCAAGAAAGAAUGGCAAAUCGUCGGGUAUACGAGGCAUCUGGAAGGGCUUAUAUUCUAUCAGGAUUGAGCUCACACUCGUGGCAGAGGGCAACAGCGCGAGGUGAUUCCACAGAUAGUACAAGUCUUGUGCAAGCUUACCAAACCCCAUCCAUGGCUGACAUGGUAGGCCGGUCCCAAACCAUGAUUACAGGGAACUCAGCACCGCAUUGAUCUCUCCAGCCUGCUCAAUUGUUUCCAUCAAGAUAACAGGCAUGGUAAUAGUUAGAAUUGUCUUUGGAAAUUAUCCUCACUUCACAUAUAUUUUGUAUCAGCAGAACUUUUUGCAUUCUUUGUUACUGUUUUCUUUUAUACCCUAUUGUGGCUUUGGGAAGAGGGGUGUUAAUGGAGAGAAGUUUCAGAUGUUGAGCUGGUUGAAGUUGUUUCUAGUUAAUGGCUGAGAUAAAUGGUGAAAAGUGAAGGAUUUACUUAAGCA